GUGAAGGAGGGCAUCCUGAAUGAUGAUAUCUACUGUCCUUCUGAGACGGCUGUGCUGUUGGCCUCCUACUCUGUUCAGACCAAACAUGGAGACUACAAGAAGGACUACCACUUCCCUGGUUACCUCAGCAGGGACAAGCUGCUUCCCCAGAGGUGUGUUAUCUCUCCCCAUCCCCCUGUGUGACACACCUCAGCCCACAAACAGAAGGUAAACUGGUGAAACGGUCCCCUGAGAGAUUUAUUCCAAGUCUCCCUGAAUGUUCCUCUGAUUGUUGUCUCCCGUACUUAGAUCAGUGUUGGGGUCAAUUCCAUUUAAUUUAGCAGACACUCUUAUCCAGAGAGACUUACAGGGGUUAAGUGCCUUUCUCAAGGGCACAGACAGAUUUUUUUCACCUAGUUGGCUCAGGGAUUUGAACUAGCAACCUUUUGGUUACUGACCCAACGCUCUUAACCACUAGGCUACCUUCCUUUCUCUACCCCCCUAAUUGAACCCUUUCUCAUGUCCUCUACCCCCAGGGUUCUGGAGCAGCACAAACUGAACAAGGAGCAGUGGGAGAAUAGGAUAAAGGUGUGGCAUGAGGAGCACAAGGGAGUGCUGAGGUAAGACCACAUGUCCUCUCUACUCACAGUCCCAUCCAAGUUGACACCGGCUUACUUGUAUUGCACUGAUUGUAUGUAGAAUGUGCUAAGAAUUAUGUUAGCUGCAUUCUGACUGAUUGUCUGUUUCUGUGUCUGUAUCUGGUCCUGUAUCUGUGUCUGUCCCUGGUCCUGUGCAUGUGUUUGUGUCUGUGUCUGUCUCUGUCUGUCCCCAGGGAGGAUGCCAUGGUGGAGUAUCUGAAGAUAGCUCAGGAUCUAGAGAUGUAUGGAGUCAACUACUUCAGCAUCAAGAACAAGAAGGGUUCAGAGCUGUGGCUGGGGGUCGACGCUCUGGGCCUCCAUAUAUACCAGAACACUGACAGGUAGGAACGCUGGGGGUAGACGCUCUGGGCCUCCAUAUAUACCAGAACACUGACAGGUAGGAACCUUUAACUAGAUCUGAAUUACGCAUAGGUUCAUCAUGAUAUUAGACUACUUUUGAAGUCUGAAACAUUGGAUAAACUUUGACUUUGGAGUGAACUGUUCUACUGGGUUCUAUUUCCUUUAUAGGAUGACCCCUAAGAUCGGCUUCCCAUGGAGUGAGAUCAGAAACAUUUCCUUCAACGACAAGAAGUUUGUUAUAAAGCCCAUUGACAAGAAAGCCCCGGUACAUCACCUCUGUAUAAUUCAGGACAGAAAAAAGUACAGAAUAAAAGUCACUUCAUUUUUUGCAAGAUGCACUGAUAACUACAUUUGUGGUAACUGGUGUCUGUUCCAGGAUUUUGUAUUCUACGCCCCUCGUCUGCGGAUCAACAAGCGUAUCCUGACGCUGUGCAUGGGGAACCACGACCUGUACAUGAGGAGGAGGAAGCCGGACACCAUCGAGGUCCAGCAGAUGAAGGCCCAGGCCCGCGAGGAGAAGACUAAGAGACAGAUGGAGAAGUGAGGACAGAGAGAGAGAGCAUUAGAUGGGGAGAGGAAUAGAGAGAGGAUGUUGUUAGCAGGUUGUUUACUCAUCCCUCAAAUCCUUCGUUCCAGAGCUCUGCUGGAGAGCGAGAAGAAGAAGAGAGAGAAUGCGGAGAAGGAGACGGAGAAGAUCGCCAGAGAAACCAUGGAGCUGAUGGGCAGACUGAAACAGAUCGAGGAAGAGACCAAGAAAGCUCAGGAAGGUCAGACUCUUUCUGUCGUCUGACAGUGUGUGUGUGGUAUGGGCAUGCAUGUUUGUGUGUGUUCAUAUUAUGUGUGUGUGUGAUUUACUCUCUGUGUGUAUAUGUGUGUGUAGAGCUGGAGGAGCAGACUCGCAGGGCCCUGGAGCUGGAGAAGGAGAGGAAGUUUGCCCAGGAGGAGGCGGAGCGUCUGGAGAAGGAGCGCAGGGCAGUGGAAGAGGCCAAGGCAGCCCUCCUACAGCAGUCAGAGAGCCAGAUGAAGAACCAGGAGAACCUGGUACACACACACACACACACACACACACACACACACACAGAGAGACAGACAGACACACACACAGAGAGAGACAGACAGACACCACACACAGACACAUGCACAGACAGACAGACAGUCAGACAGACAGCCACACGCACACACAGAGAGACAGACAGACAGCCACACACACACACACACACUAGGAGGCUCCUGUAUUAUUAUACGGUUUUCUUUCCAGGCCACUGAGCUGGCUGAGCUUACCUCUAAGAUCUCCCUUCUGGAGGACGAGAAGAAGAAGGAGGAGGAUACAAAGAGAUGGCAGAAAAGGGUGAGAGAGAAUGAAUGAAUGAAUGAAUGAAUGUGUGUGUGUGUGAUAGCGUAACCCUCUAUCUAACCACAGUGCUUCAAUGUGAGCGAGCGUGUGUGUGUACGUGUGUGUGUACGUGUGUGUGUACGUGUGUGUGUGAUAGCGUUAUCCUCACUAACCACACUGUGAGCGGUCAUGUGUUUGUCGUCAGGCGGUCAUGGUGGAGGUUGAUUUGGAGCGGAACAGAGAAGUGCUGAAGACUAAAGACAUCCAGGACUCUGUGCAGGGGGACCACGACGAGACCGACGAGAGCAGCGCUGAGGCCAGUGCCGAGCUGACAUCACCAGGCAUGGUCAGAGACCGCAGCGAGGAGGAACGCAUGACGGAGGCUCAGAAGAACGAACGGCUACAGAAACACCUCAAGGUCAGAAACACCUAACUUAAAGGGGAACUUUAAGUUGAUACGGUCCCAAAAUGUUUUGCAUGUCAGCAGUCAAGUUUUAAAGAAGCAAAGUGUCACCGGCCACAACAUCAUGAUGACGUAAAAUGCAUCAAAAGUAACACUGCUUCCUGAAUGUCCAAUAUCUUAAAAACUUGGCUGCUGACAUCCUAAUCAAUUUGGUACUGUAUCAACAGUGGACUAAUGAAACAAAUACCACAAGAUCGUUUUUGAGUGGAGUUCCCCUUUAACCCAUAACCUAUGACCUUUAAUUAACCCUAACUCAUGACCAUGACGAGGCCCAGAAGAAUGAACGGCUAUACAAAGGUCAGACCUUACCUUAACAUAUAACCUAUGACCCUAACCUAUUGUAACCGGUGUGAAAUGGCUAGCUAGUUAGCGGUGCGCACUAGUAGCAUUUCAAUCGGUGACGUCACUCGCUCUGAGACCUUGAAGUCGUUGUUUCCCUUGCUCUGCAAGGGCCGCGGCUUUUGUGGAGCGACGGGUAACGGUGCUUCGAGGGUGACUGUUGUCGAUGUGUGCAGAGGGUCCCUGGUUCAAGCCCAGGUAGGGGCGAGGAGAGGGACGGAAGCAACACUGUUACACUAACAAUAACCCUUCAUGCCUGGUUGGCUUCCGUCCUGACUAAAUGUAAAAAUGUCCUUCCGCUCUGAACUCUGAAAUGAGAGAUAUGGUUACACAUGUACUACGCAUGUACUACACAUUUACUACACAUUUAUUCCAUGUAUAGUACAUAUGUUGAUGCUCUAAGAGUUUAUUUGUGUCCUUGUUGUCCAUUUGUCCUCAGGCCCUGAGUACUGAGUUGGCCGGCGCUCGAGACGACAGUAAGAAUACUCCCAACGACCUGAUCCACGCGGAGAACGUUAAGGCCGGCCGGGACAAGUACAGGACCCUCCGUCAGAUUCGACAGGGCAACACCAAGCAACGCAUCGACGAGUUUGAGUCCAUGUGA